CAGUUUUUUGCUUGCCUGUGACAUGUACCGUCGAGGCCGGGCUACCUUGAGAGCAUGAUCAAAUCGCACCACGAUUUUGAUUCAGUCGUAGGAGAGAGUAACACAAUCGCACUAAUGUAAUAAUAUUGUAAAAUAUUUAGACAGUUUUUGCGAUAGUGCUUGCGCAGUGUGUGACGAAAAACUGCUUAAAACAAAUUAAAUAAUGUGAAACUGAAAGUGACAAUUUAACAAUGUAGACAAAAAAUCAAUGUUCCUUUUUAAAUUAUUAGAACAAUAAUCUUUUCUUCAUCAAUCAAAUCACAAUCAAUAAGUGUUAAUUACUGCGGAACAAAAUAGACACAAUCAACAAUAAUGUACAGCUCAGGGCUAGAAAACAUAAAUCGGAUGAAACGUCAUUGCCAAUGAGCCGCCUCAUUUGACUGGAAAACAUUUGAUACAAAAUAAGGUGGAAUAUGCCAGUAAUAUCAGCGUAUUCAUCCAGUGGCAGUAGAUACAUUCAACCGUCUACACUGACAAAAUCAAACUACUCCGAUCGUUUAUACUAUUCACCACUUCAAAGCAGUAACAAGACAUGCAUCAUUAGCAACGGUGGUCUUUAUCGGAAGAGCGGUUAUCGUUUUGGUAAUCCCUUCACGCAAGCUACUUCAACUUCCUUUAACUACCGACGAGAGGAACGUGAGUUAAGCAACAGCCGCACUAUUACCAAAAACAAAGAAGCUACAUCCGACAGCCGUAAAACCUCUGUUGAUACAAACAACCCCAAUACUAAUUGUUUUGAUACUAUCAAAAACAACGAGCGCAGAUCCUCGAACAACAAUAGAUACUCAUCGACGAUCAGCAAUUACGCUACACCUACUAGCAUCAGAAGCAGUGGUAACUAUAUUUCGAAUCUGCGUAACACAGCUUUAAGCGGGGCUGAAAUAUAUCAACGCUAUAGUAUCUCAACCUUCAAGCCAUCGGUGAGUGUCGCGUCACGCAUAACUCAAUCGAGUUUAGCUUAUGCUGGAAGUUUACCUGAAACAACAAAUACAGUUAAAGAAUCAUCAAUUGUUGUUUCACAAGCGGAUAAAUACGAAAGCAUCUACAAUAAUAAGGCAACGAUCAGACUACGUCCAUCGUCUACUCCACAGAGCUUCACAGUUACAAACGGGGAAGGCAAAUCAACCAAUGAUUAUUAUUAUCUAGAAGAGUCAGUUGCGGUGCCCAAACUACCGUCUUCAGCAUUAGUGACUGCAAUUGUCACAACCGAUGAUAUAUGCGUAGAAGAUGUUCAAGAAACAAAUAUUACAGCAAACAACGAAAACGAUCUUCAGGUCACAGCUACUAUACGUAUAAAGCCAAAAGGCAGAACAAGUAAACAUACCAAUAAAGAAAAAGGAGCAGAAGGUGUAAUUAGCAGCGCCGAAAACCGAAGUGUAAUGAGCGAUAGCAAUGCUAUCGCAUCUACUCCAAUAAGCAACAGAAACAUAAAACGAGUUAACGAGGAAGGAUUGCAGGAAGAAAAACAAAGACUGCAUGAUAGUUUUCAUAUCCAUCCGACGGUUGAUAUAAAAAAUGACAAAUUUUUGAACAACGGUAGUAGUGAUCAUGAAGCGGAAAAAGAAUCUUUGGCAGUCAAUGGCGUUAGUCAAGCAACAAACGAUCCAAUCCGCAGCUCUACGCUAAAUGAAGACAUUGGUCCAGAAAAGGAUUGCAAUGUUGAUCGGGCCGUGAAUUUUCGACCGAGUGUGGAGCUGCAGAAAACUACCAGACCGUCACGAACCUACCACGAACAAACUACGGCAGAAAAGACUGCACAACCGUCAUCGUCUAGAUUGUCAAUAAUAAAAUCUAAUAAUAAGAGAUUUACAGACGCUGCAGAUUCAUCACGCAAUGGUAAAGAAGGUCUCUGUGGUUUAUGGAACAUUGGAAAUACUUGUUUCAUGAACUCUAUUAUCCAAUGUCUCAGUCAUACGCGAGAACUUACAUCAUUUCUUCGAAGUCAAUCAUCAACAGAACUAGGUACAAACAAGGAUCACCGUAUAUUGGCAGAAUAUACCAAAUUAAUUCAAAACAUGUGGAGCGGAUCACAACGAACAAUAAAUCCUUCAGAUUUGAAACAUGCUUUCUCUAGCAAACACAGAAUGUAUUCCGGAUCAGCACAACAAGAUGCUCAAGAGUUUCUGAGAUUUUUUUUGGAUUCAUUACAUGGUGCAUUGAACGUGGCUGUUAAGCGAGAUCCUUUGGGUGAAAUUGAUGAUGCAAUGAAUAGCCGUGUUAAAGCAGACAUGCUGUGGAACUGGUAUUCUAAAGCUGAAAAUUCGGUAAUAAAGGAUUUAUUCGUGGGACAAUUAAGAAGUACCUUAAAAUGCACACAUUGCGAUACGGAGAGUACAAUGUUUGAUCCAUUCUGGGACUUAAGUUUACCUCUGCCAUCAUCGAAUUCAAGAUGCAAGCUUGAAAAUUGUCUUGAAAUGUUUAUAAAAGAGGAAAUUCUUGACGGUAUCGAUCAGCCUUCUUGUUCCAAAUGUGAAACUAGACGGAAAUGCACUAAAAGCUUAACAAUUGAACGGUUUCCACGGUAUCUUGUAAUACAUUUAAAGCGGUUUUCAGAAACUCGAUGGAGCAAAUUAACGAAUACUGUUGAAUUUCCAACAAAAGAAAAGGAACUAAAUCUUCAGCCGUAUGCAUCAGAAGAUAUUGCUGGACCAAUUUAUUAUUCCUUAUAUGGGAUAUCGAAUCAUAUAGGAUCUACUGCUGGUGGACAUUAUGUAGCUCUAUGUAAACAUCCUAUAACUCAAGAAUGGAAUGAGUUUAAUGAUAAUUACGUCACCGAAACAGCCGAACGAAAUUUGAUCACAUCAAAUGCCUAUGUUUUAUUUUACGAACGAGCAUAACAAUCUACAUAAUGCUAGAACCUGAAUAUUUGAAAGGCAAAUUAUAGUUUUAAUUAUACUUGCCUCGUAAAAAAAUGCUAUAGAAAUAUAUUUUUGUUUUAUCUUGGGAAAUUAUUCAAUUAAAA